UUAUAAUUACAAAGGAAAUAAAUCAUACACCAAUUUAAAACCACCUUUUUCUUUUAGACUUUUGCUAUAGUAGUGUCUUCUUUGCAUCAAAUGACGAAUUUAUGGGACCUUUGCUGAAAAAGAACGUCAUGUUGUUAUGGACACCAUCUACCUACAUUUACAUGUAAUAAAUAUUUAAAUAACAAAUGUCACAACGCGUUAUAUAUAAGAGCAACGCUGCUGAAUCGUACCACUAGCGAAUCGGAAGUGGCGUGAACAUUCGGUCACUUGUACUGUAACUGUGAAGUAAAGAAAAUUAGUUCCUUUCAGAAGUACAAGUUUACUUUGGUUAGUUUUCCCAGCGAGCGGUGACCUGGUAAAACUGUAGUAGACUAGUGUAGUGUUCGUAAGUCAGUGUGUGUGUAUGUGUGUGAGCGACACUUCACACCUUGGCGUCCGACCACUGGCUUCCUACUCUCUCCAAUUGUUUCCUUCCUCUGGGCUUUCCUCUCCGCUCAGGACGUGAGUCAUUGCGCACUGAGGCCAACGAACGGCUGGGUCGCCAUUCAGCUCCGUUGAAUGACAACGCUGGAAGAAAAAGUUUACACUUUUAGUUACUGCAGUUUUAUUUUUGUUACUCCCGUUUCGUUAUCAAGCAGUGACACUUCUUUUAGAAAAUUCUACAGAGUUUAUGAACAGUAAUAAAAAGUCACAAUAUAUAUAAUAAGGAGGGUGCUGUUUAUGUGAGGUUCAAUACCAGUGAGUAUACCAGUUGAAACCAUUUAACCGGCGUAAACUUUAGUUCGGGUCAGUUUAAAGACUGGGUAGGUAGGGACCACGUCUGUACCCUUUUUAUAGCAAUAUUAUUAAUAACAAAACGUAAACAAAUAAAUCAAUGAAAUUUGCUGCGCGUCUUUUCCCAGGAUUACGGUACGAAUUCCAGCCUCUCUCUCGCUCGCCAGUAGCCGCCGUCUGGAGCACCAGGGAAUUCAAGCAAUAAGCGGCUAGGGCCAUGGCUGAGCGCCGCGCCUUCGCCCAGAAAAUUAGCAGGACUGUUGCUGCGGAGGUCAGGAAGCAGAUCGCCGGCCAGUAUGGAGGAUCCCCCCAGCUCCUCAAAAACCUCACUGUUGGUGCCAGCACAGCCAGUAACACGGUCCCACUCACCGAGGCUGUGGAGCCUGUGGACUUUGAGGAGUACCUCAUCACACACCCACCCAUCAUUGAGUCAGGGCCUCUGCGGGACCUUGUUGAGUUUCCACCCGAUGACAUCGAGGUGCUGCAUGUGCCCCGGGAAUGCCGCACGCUGGGGCAGGCUGUGCCUGAGGAAGGUGACAAUGACCCUCAUGUCAGGGACUGUGCGAGGUCCUACACAGAAGACUGGGCUGUGGUCAAUCGAAAGUACCAUAAACUGGGCACAGGGUUUAACCCCAACACACUUGACAAACAGAAGGAGAGGCAGAAGGGUCUGCCAAAGCAGGUCUUUGAGUCAGACGAAAUGCCAGAUGCCAGCAGCUACCAGGAUGAUCAGGAUGACCUGAAGCGGCGCUCCAUGUCUAUGGACGACACUCCACGGGGCAGCUGGGCUUGCAGCAUCUUUGACCUGAAAAACUCAGUGCCUGAUGCCCUGUUACCACGCCUGCUGGACCGAGCGCCUAAUGAAGAAAUUGACAGGCAAAAUGAGGACAGCAGGAAGGCGCAGCGCCACCGCGAGCUCUUUGCCCUGCACCCUGCCCUGGAUGAGGAGGAGCCCAUUGAACGCCACUGUGUGCCUGAGGUGCCUAAAGAACACUUUGGCCAGCGGCUACUUGUCAAGUGCUUGUCCUUGAAGUUUGAAAUAGAAAUCGAGCCGAUUUUUGCCAGUCUGGCCUUAUAUGAUGUCAAGGAAAAGAAAAAGAUUUCGGAGAAUUUUUUCUUUGACUUGAACUCCGAGCAGACAAAGUCAAUGCUACGACCCCACAUCCAAUCAGCAGCCAUCUCUACUCUUGCCCGGUCUGCCAUCUUUUCCAUUACUUACCCCUCGCAGGAUGUCUUCCUGGUCAUCAAGCUGGAGAAGGUGUUGCAACAGGGGGAUAUUGGAGAGUGUGCUGAGCCGUACAUGGUCUUCAAAGAGUCAGAUGCAGCCAAAAACAAGGAAAAGCUGGAGAAGCUGCGGGCCCAGUCGGAGCAGUUCUGCCAGCGCUUGGGUCGGUACCGCAUGCCCUUUGCCUGGACAGCGAUCCACCUAAUGAACAUUGUGAACAGCGCGGGCAGCCUGGAGCGUGACACAGAGCUGGAAAUGCCCCUUCCAGAGCGUAAAGGCUCGUGGUCGGAGCGAAGAAACUCGAGCAUUGUGGGCCGCCGGUCACUGGAGAGGACCACCAGCGGUGAUGAGUCCUGUAGCCUGACCAGCUUCCGACCUGCCACCCUCACUGUGACAAAUUUCUUCAAGCAGGAAGGAGACCGUCUGAGCGAUGAAGAUUUGUACAAGUUCCUGGCAGACAUGAGAAGACCCUCGUCAGUGCUGCGCAGGCUAAGGCCUAUUACAGCCCAGCUGAAGAUCGACAUCUCCCCGGCCCCAGAGAACCCCCAUUACUGUCUGACCCCUGAGCUGCUGCAGGUGAAGCCCUACCCAGACAGUCGAGUGCGGCCCACCAGGGAGAUCCUUGAGUUCCCCGCCAAAGACAUCUACGUGCCCAACACCACCUACAGAAAUCUUCUCUACAUCUACCCACAAAGCUUGAACUUUGCCAACCGUCAGGGUUCUGCGAGGAAUAUUACGGUGAAGGUGCAGUUUAUGAAUGGAGAGGACCCUAGCAAUGCUAUGCCUGUUAUCUUUGGGAAGUCUAGUUGUUCUGAGUAUGCCAAAGAAGCAUACACUGCAGUGGUAUACCAUAACCGAUCGCCGGACUUCCACGAUGAGAUAAAAAUCAAGCUCCCUGCAUCGCUGACAGAUCACCACCACAUCCUGUUUACCUUUUACCAUGUCAGUUGCCAGCAGAAACAGAACACACCCUUGGAGACACCAGUGGGAUACACGUGGAUCCCAAUGCUCCAGAAUGGUCGACUGCGCACAGGACAUUUUUGCCUUCCUGUUUCCCUGGAAAAACCCCCACAGUCCUACUCAGUCCUUUCUCCUGACGUUCCUCUUCCUGGUAUGAAAUGGGUGGAUAACCACAGAGGGGUGUUCAAUGUGGAGGUAGUUGCAGUUUCUACCAUUCACACACAGGAUCAGUAUCUGGACAAGUUUUUUGCACUGGUCCAUGCUCUGGAUGAGCACAUGUUCCCUGUGCGUAUCGGUGACAUGCGCAUUAUGGAGAACAACCUGGAGGCAGAGCUCAAGUCCAGCAUUGCUGCUCUCAGCAAUUCCCAGCUGGAGCCCAUCGUGCGGUUUCUCCACCUGCUACUGGACAAGCUGGUGCUGCUGGUGGUGAGGCCUCCUGUCAUUGCUGGCCAAAUAGUCAACCUUGGUCAGGCAUCAUUUGAGGUGAUGGCCUCCAUUGUGAACCGUCUCCACAAGUACCUGGACGGACAGGAUCAGCAUGGACGCAACAGCCUGCUGUCUUCCUAUAUCCACUAUGUCUUCCGGCUGCCCAACAUGGACCCCAACUCCCCCUCUCCAGGCCCAGGUGGGCUGGGGGGGUCAGUCCACUAUGCCACAAUGGCGCGCUCCGCAGUGAGGCCAGCCAGCCUUAACCUGAACCGUUCGCGCAGCCUGAGCAACAGUAACCCUGAUAUUUCAGGAACGCCCACCUCCCCAGACGAUGAAGUAAGGUCCAUCAUUGGUAGUAAGGGCUUAGACCGCUCCAACUCCUGGGUAAACACAAUGGGGUGCAAGAGCACCCCCUGGGGAUCCAGCCCUGGUUCUACCUCCGACUCCUCGCAGGCCAUGGAGCGCAGUGGCAAUCGCAUGUCAUCGCACACUGAGACCGCAAGUUUCUUGCAAACAUUAACAGGACGAUUGCCGACCAAAAAGCUGUUCCAUGAGGAACUGGCCCUGCAGUGGGUUGUGAGCAGUGGCAGUGUACGGGAAGGUGCUCUCCAGCAGGCUUGGUUCUUUUUUGAGCUCAUGGUGAAGAGCAUCAUCCACCACCUCUACUUUACCGACCGCCUCGAGUCACCUAGAAAGAACCGCUUUCCUGAGCGCUUCAUGGAUGACAUCACGGCUCUGGUCAGCACCAUUGCAGGAGACAUUGUCUCUAGGUUCCAGAAGGACCUUGAGCUGGUAGAGAGACUUAAUACCAGCCUUGCUUUCUUUCUCAAUGACCUGCUCUGUGUCAUGGACAGGGGCUUUGUCUUUUGUCUCAUAAAAACCUAUUGGAAACAGGUGUCCAUGAAGCUGUACGCCCUGCAGAACCCCACUCUAGAGUCCCUCCGGCUAGACUUCCUGCGCAUUGUGUGUAGCCACGAGCACUACGUCACCCUCAACCUGCCCUGCAGUCUUCUCACCCCCCCAGCUUCCCCAUCUCCUUCUGUGUCUUCCGCCACCUCACAGAGCUCAGGGUUCUCCAGUCACGUCCAAGACCAGAAGAUUGCCAACAUGUUUGAGCUAUCCGUGCCCUUCCGGGAGCAGCACUAUCUGGCUGGGCUGGUGCUAAGUGAGCUGGCAGUCAUUCUGGACCCAGAAGCAGAGGGGUCAGUACACUGGAUGUUUGGUUUGCACAAAAAAGCCAUCAGCGUGGUGCACAACCUGCUUUCCAGUCACGACUCAGACCCCCGUUAUGCAGAUAGUGAAGUCAAAGCUCGGGUAGCCAUGCUUUACCUGCCACUCAUUGGCAUUGUCAUGGAAACCUUGCCUCAGCUAUAUGACUUCACAGAAUCACACAACCAGUGGGGGCGACCUGGUGGUUGUGGAGUAGAAGACCAUGAGGCUGAGGGGAACAGCAUGAUCAGCCAGACGGUAGCCAUGGCCAUUGCAGGAACCUCUGUGCCACAGAUGUCUCGGCCCAGCAGCUUUUUGCUUAACCCUCAGACCACCCGGCAACACGGCUCCUUCUCUGCCGAGUCAAGCCGAAGUCUACUCAUCUGCUUGCUGUGGGUUUUAAAGAAUGCAGACGACAUGGUGCUGCAGAAGUGGUUCACAGACCUGUCUGUCUCUCAGCUGAACCGACUGUUGGACAUGCUCUACCUCUGUGUCUCGUGCUUUGAGUACAAGGGCAAGAAGGCCUUUGAGAGAAUGAAUAGCCUCACCUUCAAGAAGUCCAAAGACAUGAAAGCCAAGCUGGAGGAGGCCAUCUUGGGCUCCAUUGGGGCCCGGCAAGAGAUGGUGCGCCGCAGCCGAGGCCAGCUUGAGAGGAGUCCGUCAGGCAGUGCCUUUGGGAGCCAGGAGAACCUGCGCUGGAGGAAGGACAUGACCCACUGGCGUCAAAACAGUGAAAAGAUGGACAAGAGCCAGAAAGCUGUCAGGUUUAAGAACAGCCUACUGCUCAAUGGAAGGAGCCAGGACCCUUUAAUGGUUAGGACCAGAGCGGAGCUGGAGCACGAAGCACUUAUUGAUGGCAAUCUUGCGACUGAGGCUAAUUUGAUCAUUUUGGACACCCUGGAAAUUAUUGUACAGACAGUGUCAGUGACGGAGUCUAAGGAGAGCAUCCUUGGAGGAGUCCUCAAGGUCCUCCUGCACAGCAUGGCCUGCAACCAGAGCGCCCUCUAUCUGCAGCACUGCUUUGCCACACAGAGAGCGCUGGUGUCCAAGUUCCCGGAGCUGCUCUUUGAAGAGGAGACGGAGCAGUGUGCAGACCUGUGCUUGCGGCUCCUGCGCAGUUGCAGCAGUAGCAUUGGCACCAUCCGCUCUCAUGCCAGUGCCUCCCUCUACCUGCUUAUGAGGCAGAAUUUUGAGAUUGGCAAUAACUUUGCAAGGGUGAAGAUGCAAGUCACCAUGUCCUUAUCUUCGCUUGUGGGGACCUCUCAAAAUUUCAAUGAGGAGUUUUUGCGGCGAUCACUCAAAACCAUCCUUACAUACGCAGAAGAGGAUCUAGAACUGAGGGAGACAACAUUUCCUGAUCAGGUCCAGGAUCUUGUUUUCAACCUUCACAUGAUCCUGUCUGACACAGUGAAGAUGAAGGAGCACCAGGAGGACCCAGAGAUGCUCAUUGAUCUCAUGUACAGAAUUGCCAAGGGGUACCAGACUUCUCCAGACUUGCGUCUGACUUGGCUGCAGAAUAUGGCAGGGAAGCACUCGGAGAGGAACAACCACGCGGAAGCUGCCCAGUGCCUUGUACACAGCGCUGCCCUGGUGGCUGAAUACCUCAGUAUGUUGGAGGAUCGCAAGUACCUUCCUGUCGGCUGUGUCACCUUCCAGAACAUCUCAUCGAAUGUGCUGGAGGAGUCGGCCGUGUCUGAUGACGUGGUGUCCCCCGACGAGGAAGGCAUCUGCUCAGGGAAGUACUUCACCGAGGUCGGGCUAGUAGGGCUCCUCGAGCAGGCAGCCUCCUCGUUCUCAAUGGCUGGGAUGUAUGAGGCUGUGAAUGAGGUGUACAAGAUUCUCAUCCCUGUCCAUGAGGCCAGCCGUGAUGCCAAGAAGCUGGCCACUAUACAUGGUAAACUGCAGGAAGCCUUUGGCAAAAUUGUCCAUCAGAGCACAGGCUGGGAGAGAAUGUUUGGUACCUAUUUCCGCGUUGGAUUCUAUGGGUCAAAAUUUGGAGAUUUGGAUGAGCAAGAGUUUGUCUACAAAGAACCAGCGAUCACCAAGUUGGCAGAAAUUUCUCACAGACUAGAGGGUUUUUAUGGGGAGAGGUUUGGAGAAGAUCAGGUGGAGGUGAUUAAAGACUCCAAUCCUGUGGACAAGUGCAAGCUCGAUCCAAACAAGGCCUUCAUACAGAUAACGUAUGUGGAGCCUUACUUUGACACUUACGAGAUGAAGGACCGUAUCACGUACUUUGACAAGAACUACAACUUGAGGCGCUUCGUGUACUGCACGCCGUUCACGCUGGAUGGCCGAGCACACGGGGAUCUCCACGAGCAGUUCAAACGCAAGACAAUCCUCACCACUUCACAUGCCUUCCCCUACAUCAAGACACGCAUCAACAUUAUCAAUAAAGAGGAGAUCAUCUCCAUGCCCAUUGAGGUGGCAAUAGAGGACAUGCAGAAGAAGACACAAGAGCUCGCCUUUGCCACACACCAAGAUCCUGCUGAUGCUAAGAUGCUGCAGAUGGUGCUGCAGGGAUCCGUGGGCACCACCGUCAACCAGGGACCCCUGGAAGUUGCUCAGGUCUUCCUCUCAGAAAUUCCUAGUGACCCUAAACUGUACAGGCACCACAAUAAACUACGACUGUGUUUCAAAGACUUCACGAAAAGGUGUGAAGAUGCCCUCCGCAAAAACAAGAGCCUGAUCGGCCCUGACCAGAAGGAAUAUCAGCGAGAGUUGGAAAGGAACUACCACCGGCUGAAGGAGGCACUGCAGCCCCUCAUCAACAGGAAGAUUCCCCAGCUGUAUAAGCCUAUCCUACAGGUCAACUCUCACAGCAAAAGGACCGCUUGACAAGAGAUUCCUUCAGUCGAAUGAGUCUUCGUAAGCUGGAUAUCUGAAGAUUGAGGAAACGGGAUCUAAUUUAUUCAUUUGUAAAUUUCAGUAACCAGUGUUCAUGUCAGUAAGAAGAAGCUAACGUGAUAAAGGUUUGGUACGUCAUUCCAGUUUAUUAGUUUACAAACCUGUUACACAAUCAUUUUAAAGUGAGUCUUAUUACAAAGUAUGUCCAAUACGGAUUCAAUUUUUGCGUGCACUUUUGUUUUUUUCUAUGCUGUCCCUAUGUAUUUUAUUAGGCAUUGUACAACUUGAACGUUUACUAUUUAAUCCAAAAUGAAAACAAGCAAAAAAGUACCAGUGUUUUAUUUAAAUUCUUGGUUCAUCA